AUGUAUGGGUACCAGCAGGGGUCACGGUUUCGGCGCCUGAAGGGCGUGCUUGUGGUUUGGGGGCUCGGGUGCGCUGCGGGCGCCUGGUGGGUGCGCCGAAACGCCCUCGCUGAACCAACACUACCGAGCGCUUUCUACUCCGCCGCCGUUGACCAGACAGAUCUACGCGUGGUUGACGGCAGGUUCCAGAGCAUUCGUACGGCUGCCGUGCACGUUAGUAGGCGACUAAGGCGUCACGCUCUUCAUGGCUGCUCGGCAGCGCUGCGAGGUCUCGACUGGCUUGGCCUCGCGGUGCCCCCGUUGGAGUCGUCUCUAAAGACGGUAAAAAAGGUUCUAGGCUACCUUGCAAUACAAAUUGGGUUGACGGCACCGUACCGCCUAAAGAGUAGCUACCCCAUGCCUGAACUGCGGCAACGCAUCGAAGAGAAAUGGUCUGGGUAUGGUACGCGACCGGUAGAGACUCACAGGUUGCGGGACUCACUGUCUGUGGACCUGUAUAUCGUAGGGGAUACCCCAGAUUGUGCCUUCCAGUUAGCGACUGCAGCAGCCAGGGCAUAUCCAGCUGCGGUAGCCUGGGCCCAGACUGGAACGUUGCCACCGCCGACGAGCUCUCGAGCGGAAACACCUGCGACCUCUGCACGGUGCCCGGUCGCAUCGUCGCACCUGCCUGUACCAGUUCUGCGCCUGCAUCUCCCGUUCCGCGAUUUUUUUCCACCAGGAGCAAGUCGUGAUAUGGUACAAAUUCUAAUUCGUGCUGGUCGCGUCAUCAACCGCGAACAUGACUGGCUAGGACUCGAGCGUCCGUACGGCGAUUCGGGGACGCAUUCCGUAUCUGAUGUGCCUGAAGAGCGCGAUCCACACCGCAUACCUCGGGGUGUUUGCUUCGAUGCGGCUUCCGAGCCCGCAAAAACGCUACCAUUGACGGCCGCCAUAGAGUCUACUUCCUCAGCUAGGCGCCUUGAGACAGGGGACCUGUCGAAAUUGCCAACGUCUAUUUCAGGGACCAGCAUCCGCCAGGAUGCAUCCGCAGGAUGCACCGACAUCCAGAUAGACCAGCGAAGCAGAGCUGCGACACGAACAUGUGCCUGCACGCUUCUCGGGAGGAUCGAUCUAACCACAUCGGGGCUGGACCUGAUCACCGCGGUGGGAUCGACACCAGUUACCUCACCGCUGGAUGAUGCGCUUCGACUUCAUCAGGACGAUUUUGUUACCUUCGAUCGACUAUUAGACACUUUCUGUAAUUUUAUUGAGACUAUUCAGGACUCUGUCGCGAUUUCAUCGGUGCGGGCUACCAGUGGCCGGCUGGAGUCGUCUCGACACGAAGAGCGUUCGCUCCCUGCGCCGGUCGUACUGGUCUUUCACGCAUGUCCGCCAGACUUUGCCAUCGCAAGUGGUUCGCUUCGUACUACAGAUACUGAUGAGCAACCGUUCAUUAGCGGCCGAGAGAUUGGCAGCCUGGAAGAUCUCGACCCGGAAGAGUGGGCAGAGUUCAGCCAGCGCCUCACAACUGCGCCUUUAUGGAGGGAGACUGGUCCCGAGCUCGCCAAGUAUUGGCGGCUCGCAACCCUGGAACUGCUAGAAAGGCUUGCGCACGUCUACCCGCAGCAGCCAAUGGAAGCCUGCGACGGACGUGUCCCCGAAUCCAUUCCGCCCUCGACAGUUUUCGUCGGCCGGGCGCCAGGAGCGCUCGGACUCGCGCUCGUCAACCAUCUCGCCAAAUCCAGUUGA